UAACAUUCAUCGUGGGGGUAUUGUCUGGGGGUGGUGAAAAGACGACAUUCCGUAAGGGCAGACACUGUAGUACACUCGUGAUUAGUGACAUUAUUCCUAUCCUAUUGGCGCGUGACAAAUAUAUUUUCCAGGCGUACAUUUGGGAUAUUUGAACGCCAUAUAGGCGACGAACAUCGUAUUCCGGGAGGCCUCUGCUCUGAUGCUCCACCUGGAGGCGCAUAGGUGAACCCGAGGGCUUGCAUUCCUGCUUCACAUCGCAAGUAAGCGUGCGUGUUAUUCAGAAUGUCAGACCUUGGCAGUGGUGACGAAGGUGGUCAAAAAUAUCACGUUCAGGGCAUGGAUGGCAAUGGCGGUGAUUUUGGUGAUCCUGGACAAACUGGGCAGCAAACGGAGCAGGAGCUUGCCACAAAAAUGUUACAGAUUCAAUCUAAACGCUUUUAUUUGGACGUAAAGCAGAAUCGACGCGGACGCUUCAUAAAAGUGGCUGAAAUCGGUGCAGAUGGUCGGCGUAGUCAAAUAUUUCUAGCUUUGUCAACAGCGGCAGAAUUCAGAGAUCAUCUAUCAACUUUUAGUGAUUAUUAUGCAUCAUUAGGACCCCCUAAUCCCGAGAGUGUGCCCGAAGACGGCAAACUCAAGUCGGAAAUGAUGAUAAAAGACAAUAGGCGAUACUAUUUGGACUUGAAGGAGAAUGCCCGUGGACGGUUUUUGAGGGUCUCUCAAACAAUCACAAGAGGUGGGCCAAGAUCACAAAUUGCAAUCCCAGCACAAGGUAUGAUCGAGUUUAGGGACGCCCUUACUGAUCUACUUGAAGAAUUCGGAACGAAUGACGGCGGGUUCAAAGGUGAAUUGCCAGAGGGUCGUCAUAUGAAGGUGGACAACAAGAACUUCUAUUUCGAUAUUGGACAAAACAAUCGUGGUAUCUAUAUGCGAAUUAGCGAGGUGAAAAGUAAUUUUCGGACUGCAAUAACAGUGCCAGAAAAAUGUUGGUCCCGAUUUCGAGACAUCCUCUCCGAUUAUUGUGACAAAAUGAAAAAAUCGUCCGAUUUACCUAUCACUGCCGAAACUAACUUACAAACAUCUAAUAGUUUAAAGUAAAAACUGUUGGUAGAAGAAUAGCUGCAAAUAUAAGAGAAAAAAAAUUAGUCAAGAAGAACCUAAAAGUUUAAAAGAGAUAACGGAAACAAGCAAAGAAUGAAGAGGAUACAAAAGCAGGGCAGAUGAAGAUAUGGAAAAAGUUCUAUGAAUAACUUAGUACGAAUAGAAAUAGAUAAAUACAAGAAUAUAUAUGUAUGUAAAUAUAUGUAUACAAAUAUAAUUAUAUACAGAUAUAUGCUACAACUACACACACACACACACACACACACAAACAUACACAUUAACAAAAAAUAUUUUAAAACAGUAGCUCUUAGACAGUGAAAUAAGAAAGUAAAGUAAGACUUUACAAGUCACAAACCAACAAUUAAAGAAAAAUACACUUUUUGGUUCUUGCUGCGGUAAGAAAAUGUAUAAACAAUUAUUAAAAAUUUAAAAUAAUUAAAAUACAGAAACAAAUUAAGAAUUGAUCGAAUUAACGAAUUGCAUAAAUGAAAGUAUGUUGAUAUGAAUGAUAUAAUAACCAUUUCCAAUCACUUUUUAAUUUAAAUAAUAAUUAGAAAAUAUGUAGAGAAAUUGAAUAUAAGAUUUUUUUUAUUGAUGUGAAACCACAUUAGAGCAUGUCUUGUGAAAUCCUUAUCUUGUAAUAAGAUUUCAUUUAACAUCCUCUCUACAAUUGCUUUUUAUUCUUUUGUUGUUUUGUUUUAAAAGGUAUUGUAAAUUUUCUCAAAUUUUAUGUUAUAUGCAAAUAACGUGAAACUGUAGCUAGGGAUACAAUUUUGCAAUGUGUGUUCGUUUCAUAGUAAUACUGAUUUGAUUAAAUAGUACUAUGACUAAAAAUUGAAAUAAUGAAUUACGUUUGCAUAUUUAUGCUUCAUUUCACUGAUAAUUUGAGCAUGAUAUCAAGUGAUGAUGAAAUAUAAAAUAUAAGAGUUUAUUUUCAACACUGGGAUUAAUUCAUUCAAAAUUCCAAGUUCAAGUGUAGCGACUUUGUUUCAUGCAUUUGAAUCAAAUAUUUUUUCUUUCUUCCCUUUACCGUGUCUUGAAAUGGAACAUUUUUUCACCACAAAUUUUUUUUUAAUAAUCAUCUCAAAUUCAAAUAGAGAAAGAAAAUUUUGUUGCGGUGGUAAUGUUUUCGAUUCAAAAUUGUUCAUAAUACCCAAAAAAAAAACCAUGGAAAAUACGAUGUUGCCAAGGCGUGGAGUAUAAAAGUCAAUAAAAUAUUGUUGUGAAAUUUUUUCAACCUUAAAAGACGGCCAGAAGGACGAAACCUAAACUAUCUCCUGAGCACCCAAUUCAUAUGAGAUUAGAUUAAAACCCGUUAAUUGAAUGAUAUUUGGGCACUUUACCUUUACAUUCGCAGGUCUAAGCAGGGGUAUUAGACACUGGGAAUGACGCAAAUGCGCAAUUACCUUCGGUGGUAAGUUGCGGCUCACGACAUCUCUGGAAGAGAUUUACACGAUGGGAGGAAAAUCACAUUGAUUCAAGGUUUGGGUUUUGCUCUAGUGGUUAUUUUGGUAAUUUCAUUCAUAUACAAAUUUCGCGAACUGUACACGGUUGUAAAGAAAUCGACGGAGUCGAUCGUUUUUUUGUCGUGACGUCACGGCAAUAGUGAGGAUAACGACUCAGCGUGCACUCAGACACACUCUCCGACGCGUGAUUCAGUUUUUAAAGCUUUUAUUCGCGAAGUCGCGGGGUGCAAAAGCCGCGAAUGUGAUAUCGUGCCAGGUUCCUUAGGCGGCUUUUUAAAUUCUCAUCUGAAGGAAACACUCUGAUUUCAUCUCAGAUACCCCGGACAGCCUGCUGACUGCCUCAAAGAUGAGCUAUAGCACAAGUCCCACACACAGGUUGGCUGCCGGUCUACAAUGGCCGCGCAAAAGGAUCUUGUCUUGAUGCGUGAAUUUUAGUGAUUAUGUAACUUCUAUGUUACUUUUGUAGUACAAUUUGCGAUAUUCUUUGGUGCGGACCGAUAAACAACCUUCAACCACUUAGAGAGAUUAACUCACAGCAUCGAAAGCCAAGUGAGGCUUCUCUCUCCGUUCGCGUGAGAGCCUAGUUCUCUGGUGACAACUUAUGUCAUCAAACUAAACGUUGCAAUCGGUGGGUUUUUCGAUUAUGACGUCUGAUUUUACACUACUAUAAUUUAAUUGGAUAUAUCGAACAGAUUUGAUUUUGUGCUGAAAAACAUGCUACUUUUCAGCUAAUUUAGUGCUGAGUCAAAGUGAUGGCAAUCGAGCAACUCACAAUAUUUAUUAUCUAGCUGGGAUCUAAUAUCUGUAAUCGCGCUAAAAAUCGAACCUAGCAAAAACAACUCGAAUCGACUCAUGCAAUGUUGGAAUAACGAAAUAUGACGUAAAUAGGGGGGGGGGACACUUUUUUGAUUUUCGUGUCUGUUUGUCGUUCCGUCCGUCCGUCCUUCCGGCGUGACAAACGGCCUUGUGGGGCCUAAACGGUAAGAGGUAUCGACAUGAGGUUUGCCGCGAAGGUUAAAAGUGUGCAGUGGUAAUGAAGAUUUUUUUUUUGGUCAAAUCCAACCCCCCACCCUUCAGUCCGCCACUUUGAACACCCCAAAAUACACUUUCCUCAAUUAUUCAGCCCCAUCUGGCAUGAAUCGGACUCAAAUUCUGGUAUGUUAUAGCUGACCUCAGGACAUUUCCAACGAACCGCCACUUUACAACCUAGGACCUCCCGGACCCUAGCUAAAAGGGUUCGAAUUUCAAAAAUAAAAAUGGCCAUAGCUUCGCUUCUAAUUAACCGAUCGGAAUGAUUUUGUAGUCAUUGGAUGGGUCUCAUAAAAUGCCAUCUCCCACAAAAACAACAUAACUUGGUAGGACCACCGCUAGAGGCGCUAAAGUAAAAAAAAAAAACCAUUUUCGAAAUUUCGAAAACGAAUAACUCGAAAACGAAAUCAUAAAUUUUCGGUAAAUUUAUUAUGUUUGAGCUGAGGUCAAGACCUUUCCAACGAACCGUUACUUUUGGGGCCCUAUUCAUUAGGAGCGGAGAUAUGGAAGGUCAAAGUUCACACCUUUACCGGCCCAAAUCUCCGCAGUUGACCAACCGAUUUCGAUAAUCUCUUCACCAAAAGACGUAUCUCAGCGCCCUUUAGCAAACCAUAUUCACCAUUAGUCUGUGACGUCAUAACAAAUACAACAAUAUUGAAAAACUUUGAACGCUUGUAUCUCGGCUCAGGUUAGGACGACUCUAAAAAAAAGAUUAUAUUUUUUGUGGAUGCAAUGGAACCCGAGUUGUGACAGUUUGAAAUUUUAAUUUUUUAAUACGCUAUAACUUUGGUUCAAUUUAUUCAAUCUUGAUAAUUUUGGGGCUUGCUGGAAAGCUCUUGCACAGCUCUACGACUAUUUAGAACAACAGAAGUUCUGAUGAAGUCUGAUGACCACCGCCAGAGGCGCUAAUGACAAUAACAAAAAUUUUUUUAAAAUUUUUAAAUGAAAAAUUUCGUUCCAAGGUCACACUACUUUCAGAUAAUUUCUUACGUAUUUCAAUAGUCCAGAUCGAGACCUUUCCAAAAUGGGGUUAAACUUUUCUGUCGAAGCCAUAGAACCAGAGUUAUAAUUUUUUUGGUUUUCAGGACUUGGAUUUUACAUUGCAUUUGGAAAUUUCCAUGCUUUCUUUCCUUCUAACUAAAUCGAGUUGGCCACGGAAGAGAGAAAUUUUUAUAGCUAAUAUGCCAUAAGUACACGCAAAGCGUGUGUUUUUCACGCACAACAUUUUCACGCCCGACCGGGAUCUUUUCCACAAAAUGCGUAUUUCUGACAAUUGAUGUCCGAUACAAUCGCGAUAAACGAUUUCAUCAUAUUCUCUGUAGAACACUUAUCUAACAAAGCAUAAGAAUUUCCACAGUGAAUAUUCUCAUUUUCAUUUAAAACUUGUUCAUUUGCUUAGAGGUGUAAGGUACAGGAAAUUUAAAUUAACUAAAGCCAUGAUUAGAAAUCACUAAUUUUGUGAAGAAUUCUUCUCAGAACGUAUCAGAAUACAAUAGAAUUAGCUAGACUUCUAGGUUUAAAGACGCCACGCGUAAAUUUUUUUUUGGGUUUUUUGACUAUUUCGAUUAUUUAUUACUUGGAAAUUUACCAUCUUCCUACUUAUUUACUUAUGUGGUCUUACGUCCCUUUAAGGGACAUGGCUUUUUCCACAAUACCUCAUCAUUUUCCGUGAUCUGACGCCACCGUUCGCCAGCAACGCAACAUCUCAUGGGGUUUAAGGACAUGGUUCACACCUUGUUUGGUGUCGACCUCUCCUCCUAGGCCCCGAUAACGGCGCAGUACUUCAUAGCUUCCUGGACAUUCUCUCGUCAGGCAUGCGGUGCAAAUGCCCGAGCCAUCCCAGUUUCUUUGCCCGAAUAGAGGCAGCAAUGUCUGGUUCCUCAUGGAGCUUUUCCAGUUUGUAGUUCAUCCGGAACCGUAAUUCCCUUUCAUUCACAUUUUGGACUGGGCGAUAGAUCCUGCUCAGAAUUCACCAGCCUCGGCAUAAAAUACGGGACUUUCAAUGUAAACGGAUAUUGUUUUAAGAGUUUAACAUGGAGUAAAAUUGUUUCUCAAUCUCUAUGACCCAAUUUGGUAAGAAUACCACACCUCUGUCAUACAUUUUUCUAACCCAAGACAAGAUAGUAGUUGAGAAAAUGUAUUUAACUACUUGUCAUAUUUGGGUCUUGAUCCCGGGGCUGCAAGAUUGCAAUUUUGACGUACUUACCUAUUGAUGGUAAUGAGAAAUUCUUCGCAAUCUUAUAUUUCGUACCAAAAUUAUAUUAAAAUAAUUCUGAUAAUGACAUUAAAUGCAUAAACUUUUCCUUAGUGUUCGGACUGGCAAUGAGAAAUAAUAAAACCAUCUGCUCAAUUGUAUAUCUAGUAAUACGUGAUAUCUAAUGGAGUAAAUAAAAAAGAAAAUUGAUUUUUAAAUUUAUUUAAAUUUUAUUGGAAACUAAAGAUCUAUAUAGAAUGCACUUUACAUUUUUGUUUUUCGAUAUAAGAGGACAAAAGGCUUAAUCUGAGAAAUUUUUUGUAGAUUUUCGUGAUAUUGUGCUGUCUGAAAAGUAGAAUUGGGUAUUUUCUGAUCUAUUCGCAUUUCAAAUUAAAAUUUUAUUAUAACAGAGGAGUGCGUAAGCUCAUAAACGCCAGAGUAAAAAAAAGUAUCAUCCUACUUAUUAUGUUUUUAUGGGUGUUAAGUGAAUAACAAAAGGACCAAGUAACUUUCAGUUCAUGAAUUAUUUUUUUUUUUUUUACCAUAAAUUCGUUUUUUUUUUAAAUUGAAAUUUCUGGCUUGGAAAUUAAAAGGCAAAUUUUACUAUUGGCGUUUUAAUGUCUUUAUUUCACUUGGUAACGUUAUCGGUUCACUGUAUGUGCCAGCUAUGGUUUAAAUCAGAUCUAAUUUUUUUUACGGUUUAGACUUAUGUAUGUGUUGAGCUUUCCAACAAACCCUACUUUAGGCUAGGAUACAAAUAAUCAGAUUUCAAAAAUGGGUAUUCAGAUUUUAAUAACUCUGAAAUAACUGUUUUGUUCGUUCAAUUGAGGCAAUUGAUAGGUCUGCCACUACAUUCAAUUUAACAAUAUAAGUACUUUUGAAACUGCUUUGUCAUAGGCUGUAGGUCGUGUUACUUCUGUGUAAUUUAUAAUCCUUCGUACUGUAGUAUCCCGUACGGAUUUGGCCAGGCCUUAGGCUCCGGCUAGGUUAAUUCCCACCAAAGAUAGCACAUCCAAGACAACCCAGGGUCAAGCCACGAAUCCCAAAGUUAUUUUACCUUGCCGAUAUUGCCGGAAUUGCUCGCCUCUUUCCGCGCUUACCGUCUCUACAAUCUUUGUUUGGCAGGAAAAGCUCAGUUCCAUUCCAACCAUAUAUAGCGAAUGAAUAUGGUUCUACAAUGGAUUUUGUGAUUUUGCGUUUCUUCAGCGGUAAUCGUUAAGAGCUGUGAUCUUACACACCUGCUAAAAUUUGAGCGAUCGUAGGUGUUUUGCUUCUUUUUUCAGGGCUAUAAUUAUUGCUUAGUGUUAAUGUUUGUUCAAAUGGGUUUGAAAAUGGUAUUCUUUACAUGGGGAAAAUUUAGAGUGAGUCUUGUAGUGAAAUUCUGACUGUGGGGUUGAUAAUUUUAUUUUUGGAAUGUGUAAAUAAUUGAUAAUGAUUUAAUAAUCAUUAGCAAUGAUCAUUUUAGCAGCUGGAACAUAUGCGAUCGCGCAAAAAAAUAAAUAUUUCAAAUUCACCUAAAAUGAACUCAGGACGACUACAUAUUCAAUUCGAUUUCAAUUCAAUUUAUUUAUGGCAAAACUUAGUGCCAAUCCUCUUACAAAAUUGUUCUUCCGAACGAUUUCAAAUUUGAAAUAUUUAAAUGGCCAUAACUCUGCUUCUACUUAUCUGAACAAAAUCUUUUUGAGUUCAGUGGAAAGGUCAACACUCAUCUACACAUUAUAUCUUAAUACAACCUAUAACCAACGGAAACUAAAGUAAAAAAAAAGUGUGUUUGAAAACUCAAAAUCGAUUAUCUCAGAAAUUUUUUUUAUGUAUUUUCUUAAACGUCAGUAUGUUGUAGCUGUGAUCAAGACCUUCCAAACGAAUCGUUAUUGGGGAGUCUGAUGUACUAGUAAUGAAGAUAUAUGGGGUAAAAAUUCUCACCUUAAUCAGCAUAGAUCUCCUCUGUUUACUAACUGAUUUCAAUCAUCUUUUCAUCAAAAGACGUGAAUCGACGUCCUUCAGUAGACUUCAUCUACCAUUAGUCAGGGAUGUUCUUAGUGACACCACCAUAUUUAAUUGACUUUUUACAUCUGUAUCUCGGCAAAUCUAUAUGUAUUUGAUAAGAUUUUAGUAUGUUGUAGUAUAUUUCAGAUCUCAAUCCAACAGAAGUUCUUGCGCUGAAUUUUUCUGAAAAGAAUUUUUAGAUUUGUGCACCUUUUUUUUAUAUCCUUGUUUUUAUUUUGAGUUUGUCACGAAAAUUCAAAAGUAUAUCACAGUAGACCUUCAAAAAACAUUUUUAAAAGAUUUUUACUUUCAAACAGAAAAAAAGCAAUAGAUAAAAAAUUUAGACAUGAGUAAUCAAACUGAUGAUCGUAAUUCAAACAGGCAUUCACCGCGAUAUAAUUUUUAGUAAUAUCUUCAGUGUAACAAUAGGAUAUUAAACAGGUUUACAGGACCUCCUGAAAAACUUCUUUUCAGGACAAUCAAAUCAAGCCUUUAAUUAUCUAUGUGUAGAAAAAUUAAAACCCUCUAUAUGUGGCUUUUCCAUCAGAGCCUGGAAUACUAGGAAACAUAUCCAUCAUAUGACUGGCCAAUAAUUAUAGGUUUGUUUAAUUUGGCUGUGAUGGUCAGUGAAAUCCUUAACAUAGUUCCACUCAAGCGAUAUUUCAAAGGAGAAUUAUUUCUCCCUCAAGCAAGAUAGUAUUGAGAAAAGUUGAUAAUUGUUUCUUCCUCCAUUAAAGAAAAUUCAAUUUUUUUAUGAUAUGAUAAAACCAUAUAGAUUUUACUGAGAUUCAACUGGUAACCAUGCCGUAUUGAUAAGGCAUAGUCGCUUCGUGGCUUUUCUAAAACUCUUUGAAAAAGCUUUGACCUCAUUUACUACGAAGAUGAUUCGAGUGUUACUAUGCUACUUUGGGCAGGAAUCAGCAAAAAAUACCAAAGCUUUGGCUCAAUAUGCAAGAAUUGUAUCAUGACAAAAAAUUCCAAUUGUAUUCAAAGGGGGUGCACAUGUUCUGUGAAGUGGUUUUUGGUUGUGACAGAAAUUUUCCCAACAUUGUGACGCCAAUUGAAACGCCGAUUGAGGCGCUUUGAAUUAUCACUGAAAAGAAAUAAAUUUAGAAAUAAUUAUUAUGUACUAUUUUUUCUUAAAUAAAAUUCCGACUGAACCUAUAGUUAUUGUCUAACGAGAUGAUGGUUAAGUUUCUCAGCAUCCCCUGAUUCUGUGGAAAAGCCGUAUACUUAGGGUUUUGAUUUUGGUAUGAAUAAAUAAAAAAAAUCACCAAUUCAGACUCUGUAAACGUAUUCUCGAUUAACAAUUGCCCACAUUUUAUGGGAAAAUAAUUUCCAUUUCAAAAUCAGACAAAUAUAGCUUAUUUUAAUGUUUAAUAUCUUUAAUAUUUCAAUAUAUAAUACAGAUUAUUUUCUAUAUACACAAUGAAGUUUUGAUGUGAAUACUUACAGGUGUGUCAGAAAUUGCAAAAGUUAAUUCGAUUAAUAGAUAAAUGUAUUAAUGGUGAUUCAACAUUUUUCUAAUGAUGUGACACAGAUGAAAUAAAAUUGAGUUAAGAAAUAAAUAAUAGAGAUAUAUUGGGUGUUUCUAAUUUGUUGACAAUGACAAAGAAAAAACUAACCCUGCGUUGGAUAUUAAAAAAGUAUAGUUCAAACAGAUGAAUUAAGGAAAGUGAAUUUAAAGAUGAAAAAGUAAAUAGUUAAAAAAUGUUUGAAAGCACACCAGUUGAAAAUUGUGUGGAAAAGUUUAAUGUGAUGAAGCGCAUAGCGGUUGAAGCACAUAUAGAAAAAACAUUGAAGAAUACAUUUAUAAUUGAAACAAAGGAAUAGAUAUACACAAAUAUUUUUUUUUGUUUUAAAUAUGAUAAAAUAAACGAAAAGUUGUGAAAAAAAAACAAAUUAUAAUAAGAUGAAAAAAAAAAAUUAUGAAUAAUUUACAGUGCAAUACUUUGGACUUGAAGACAAAUGACAAACGCACUAUUCAGCUUAUUGUCGAGAAAGGAUACAUUAAUAACAUUCAAAUUACAGAAACAGGCCAAGUAUAGAAAGCAGUACAUACUGUUGUGUAGAAGCAUGUUGACAGAAAUAUAAUUUAUAAUUGUAUUACAGAUAUAAACUUAGAGAAAAAAAUAUUUUGGCUAUUUUGAGCAGACAAUGUAUACAAAAAAAACGCUAAAAACCUAAGUAAAUAUUGAAAAAAAUACUGUUUGAAUUCAAUGUUAUACACUUUGUUAUAUGGAAAUUAUAGAGAUUUCACUAAUAUCUAAUUUUUCAUUCUCAGUGUUAUAAAAGGUUAAAAUGCAUACAACUGAUUUUAAUGAUAAAAUAAUGAAUUUUCAUGAAUACAUAAACGGCUUUUUGUCACCUAAAGGCUAUCAAAUAUGUUUUCCAUUAUAUAUAUUUGGUUCACAUAAAAAAUGUAUAAGCAUAUGAGAAGCGGGUGGAAAAUAUUUGGAACGAUUGUAGAAUUCAUUUUAUUUUGUUUCCUACAAGGGUCAGUAAAAAAAAAUGAAGUUCAAAAGAUAUUACAAAAAUUCUUUACCGUGCCAGAGUUAUGAAAACUGGUGAUACGUGGCUGUUUAUCAUUAAUCAUCAUAAUUCUUUUAUAACAAUAUUCAAAGUAUAUUUUGCCUCUUCAUUGAUUUUUUAUAUUCAUGUGGAAUUGAACGUGGCAAAAAUCUAUAUACGUAUGGGUUUCUGCUUCAUUUAAUUAUACUUAGAUUCAAUAUGAGUAAAGCAUGACAAUUAUACCACAACCGUGUUUUAUUACGCAUAAUGUGAGACUUACGUUAAUCUCGGUCUGUAUAACAGAAUGUAUAACUAAGGAGAAAAACUUUAGCAAGAAAUCAUAGAGAUUAUGAUUUUUAAUAAUUUUCAAAAAUUCUUGUCAAAGAAAAAAUUGUUUUAGUGGAAUAUAUAUGACCUCUCACCAGCUGAUGUAGUGUUGUUUUGUAAGUAAUAAGUUGUCAGAAUCUCAAAGAAAAUCAACAGUAGGCCUAUGCCAAUUAUUGGCACGCCAAUGAAAUUUAGAAAAAAUCUAAUAAUAAAAUAAAUGCAUAUAAUACAUGAAAAAAACAAUGUGUGACAUUGAAGUCAUUGUAAUAUUUGUUUUAACUUUGCACAAGAGAACUUAUGCUCUGUUAAGUCAAACACUGAGAUGAUGUGAAAAUAUGCUAAAGUAAUGGAAAAUCUAUCAAAGACUCUUUAAAAACAAAUAAAUCAGACAGUUGAAAUGAGAA